AUGAAACGAUUCUUCGCAAAGGCAUCCAAACCCCUUGCGAAAGACGACACACCAGUAGGCAGCAAUCAACUACCCAACCCUGUACAAUCAGUGGGCUUACCGCCGAAAUAUAUUGUCCCCGCCGUUCCCCACCCAUGUCCACACGACCACAUCGCUUUACUUGCCACGACGGAUGGCCUUCUUUCAAGACCCCAGGUACCCGGCUAUAGAUCAAAUUCGUACGUGCGCAUCCAUUGGGAGAAGAUUGUCAAGGUCGUAGAGAUCAAUGAACCCGACGAGCAGAUUGACUGGAGCGGAAGUGUUGUAGUCUAUGGUAUCGUCGGUGUCCUUGAACUCUUUUCUUGUUCAUAUCUCUUGGUCAUUUCCUCUCGAUCAGAGCUCGGGAAUGUCCUUGAGCCAACUCAUACAGUCUAUGGUGUCAAAGGCGUUACAGCGAUACCCCUUGUCUACGAACGCGCUAAGGUGGAACUGAAUACCCUAGCAUCGCGUAAUGCAGGCAUAGCCCGGCCAUCGUUGCCCCCGAAAUCACAGGCGUUAGACGCGCCAACCUCCACCUCGAAGUUGGAUAACCAUGAUGUCGCGUCAUCUAUACGUAUACCAACUGUGCCACACGUCCAGUUCGCAGCCAAGACAGACCUGAAAAUUUUAUCUCCUAUACCCUCGAGGCUUGACAAUGAUGCAAUUUCAGCUGCACACCUUGGCCGCCCAUCUUCGGCACAAUCUUCUCGCUCCGAUUCCUCUUCUUCUUCGGACCGCUCAAUAGCAAAGUCUCCCGUGUUCAAGACUCUUGCCGAUCGACUUUCGUUUUGGAGUAGACUCUCGAAACGCCCAAAUUCCAUACAUCUAAACACAGAAUCACCUCCAUUUUCAGAACCCACUUCCCUCUUGCAAGAGCAAGAAACCCUCGACAAAAUGAUGGAGGAAAACGCAGACGAACCUGCAGGGGUGUUGGGAAACAUCUUAGCGUCGACAGCGCCAGCGCCGGCGACAACCGAAGAGCGACAUUUUGAAUUGGAAACCAAGGUUGUUAAGGAAUGCAUUCGGCAAUUUACAAAGGGGGGGAUGUAUUUUGCAUACAAUUUUGAUAUCACACGUUCUUUGCAGCACAAGCAGGAACAAGCCAUGAAAUCUCGGAAGAAGCAUUCACUGCUUGAAGGGCUAGGAGCCCUUCCUUCCCCAGAAGCUGUGACGUCCGAUGUUCCAAAAGACGGUGACGAUGUGUCCCCCCUCGCGGAACCUAACCCCACCCUUCCUCUUUGGCGACGCGUCGAUAAACAGUACUGGUGGAACGAAUGGUUGACGAAACCGUUUUUAGACGCUGGCCUGCAUUGCUACGUCCUUCCUAUAAUGCAAGGUUACUUCCAAAUGGCCAAAUUUAACGUCCCGUCGGACGAUACAAUCGCCGAUGACCCUGAUAUAGGCGUUGAUUAUAUCAUUGUGUCCAGGCGUUCUAGAUAUCGAGCUGGACUAAGGUAUCAACGUCGUGGAAUCGAUGACGAUGCUCAUGUUGCAAAUUUUGUCGAGACAGAAACCAUUAUGAGAGUGGAGGUGUGCUAUCAAGGGUCAUCUUUGGUGAAUUCAUCUGAAAGCAGUCACUUCAGCGUGAAGGGAAAAACAAUAUCUUUGCUUACGUUCAAAUCAGGGGCUCUAGUUUUACCGCUCUAUUGGACUCAGACUGGAUAUGGCUUGAAGCCCUCACCGUUGCUCGCACCUGACAGAACUCAAGCACAGAAUCUUGACGCUAUCGGAAAACAUUUUCAACGGACCGUGCCAGUGUAUGGACAUCAUACGAUUGUUAACCUUGCCGAACAACACGGCAAGGAAGGAGCGAUAACGCGAGGAUACUGCGAAUAUGCGAAAAAGCUGGAUUCAAAGGAUGCUCAGUAUGUAGAGUACGACUUCCAUCAGGAGACAAAAGGGAUGAAAUAUGAAAACAUUUCAAAACUGAUUGACUCUAUGGAGAGAGUUUUCGACUCACAAGGUUACUUGUGGAUAUCGGACAACGUCGUUUUCUCUCAACAGAAAGGUGUUUUUCGAGUCAAUUGCAUUGAUUGCCUCGAUAGGACGAACGUUGUGCAGAGGACGACCAAGUCGGCUUUUGCACGAUAUGUCCUCAGCAAGCAACUUAGCGCUCUUGCACUUUUCAAGCCUUCUGUCAAUGGGGGUAAUGGUGCUGAUCUUAUCUUCAAUGAUGUCUGGGCAAAUAACGGAGAUGCUAUCAGUCGUGCCUACGCUGGUACCUCUGCCUUGAAGGGUGACUUCACAAGAACGGGAAAACGCGACUUGGGCGGAUUACUUAAUGAUGGAGUGAACUCACUGGCAAGAAUGUAUACGUCAACCUUUAGUGAUUGGUUUUCCCAAGCCGUCAUCGACUUUAUGCUGGGGUACCGCACUACAACAGUCUUUUCUGAGUUUCUCCUUAAACUCCAGUCCACGGACCCUUGCGCCCUUAUACGCUUGUCUAAGAUACGAGCGGAGGCAAUCGCAACUUCUGUCUCGAGGGCUCUUCCUGAAGGAGAACGCUUGCUAUCCGGCUGGACACUGUUCGCGCCUGAGGAACUCAAUACUAGGAUCUGCUUAAAGUUUGAGGAAAAAGUCCUAUUGCUUUCAGUAAAGGCUUUAUAUAUUGUUAGUUACGAUUAUACCCUCGAGAAGGUGAAACUCUACACGCGCGUUCCCCUUGGGGACAUCGUUUCGAUAACCAGAGGCGCCUAUAUCUUGUCGCCGCUAGAGGAAGCCAGCCGAGAUCCGGAACAGAAUGCAGGGUUUAUCGUGACAUGGUCGGUUAUGAACCAAGAAUCACGAACCACUAGCUAUUCCUUAAAGAACAAUCUGGGCUUGAGACUCUCAAAUUCUCCAUCUUCAAUGAGAAGACAAGGCAAGCCUACGACAUUCAGCCUACCAUCUCGAAACAACACGAAAAGAAAUGUCAACCAGCCUCUUUCGAGCAUUGUAUCAAACACGUUCAGCGUUGGCAAUGCGGAACAGACGGCCUUUGCCGCGUUCAAGGUCCUGCCGAUAGAUCCCACCCGCAUCCGGCGUGCAUCCAGUACUGCAAGUGGCUUGUACGCAGAUGCGUCAGACGAGUUGAACGGUGCCUCGAGCUGUCGAGAGGCGGUAGACUUGAUUGUGGACAGUAUCUACCGGGGCUGUGAAGACGCUGGCAGUACUCAUAGCAACUUUGUGACCAACGAGGAUGUUGUCAGUCUCUCUGAAGCACAGCGCACGACAAGUGUGUAUGCGAAAAUGGAAUAUGGGGUCAAGCGUUUGCUGUGGCUGGGCGGUUAG